UAAAUAUACUUAAUUUGUGAUUUGGUUUUUAUUUGUGACGGAACAAUGUCCAGUUCAACUAAACAAGCGGAGCGAAUGCAACAACAUGCAAUUAAAUUAUCACUAGAAGCUAUGAAUCUAUUCUCAUCUCAUGAUGAUAUAGCUGAUUAUAUAGCGAAAAUAUUCAAGGAUACAUAUUCAGGUUGUUGGGAAUGUAAAGUUGGAACAACAUUUGGAAGCUUCGAUACAUGCGAUUUAGAAUACUGUUUUCGGUAUUUUGUUGACCAAUUGGCAUUCUUAUUGUACAAAUCAUAUUAAUUUCAUUUGAAUCUAACUUGUAUAAAUAAUUCGAAUUAUAUUGUACAUCCAACCAAAUGUAUUAAGAAGCAUUUUAUACUUCCUCAUAUUAUGUAUCAAUAUUGUAAAUAUCAAUUUAAAGUGGAAUAAAAUUUUCAGUUAA